CCACCGCCCCCGACCCAUAAUCCUCCCCAAUAGGCCAAACCACAAAACCAAAAAAACGCAAUAACAAAUAUCUCAGUGCGCCUCCCUUUCCCCGCUCUCCCCUCUCCUCGAGCCUCCUUUUUGUUCUCUUCUAGCGAAACCUAGGGUUAGGGUUAGGGUUUUGGGGCGGCAGCGGCGAGGCGGCGACGAUGCCGAUGGACGAGGUGCUGUUGGACGACAUCAUACGGCGGCUCCUCGACGCGCGCAGCGGGAGGACGGUGCGGCAGGUGCAGCUCGCCGACGCGGAGAUACGGCAACUGUGCCUCGCGUCGAAGGAGAUCUUCGUCGCGCAACCCAAUCUCCUCGAGCUCGAGGCCCCAAUUAAGAUUUGCGGAGAUAUUCACGGCCAGUAUUCAGAUCUGCUUCGACUGUUCGAAUAUGGUGGGUUCCCACCAGAAGCUAACUAUUUGUUCCUUGGUGAUUAUGUUGAUCGUGGAAAGCAAAGCAUUGAAACGAUAUGCCUUCUGCUUGCUUAUAAGAUUAAGUAUCCUGAAAACUUCUUUCUUUUGAGAGGGAACCACGAAUGUGCUUCUAUCAACCGUAUCUAUGGGUUCUAUGAUGAAUGCAAGAGGAGGUUUAAUGUUCGCCUAUGGAAGGUUUUCACUGAUUGUUUCAACUGCCUUCCUGUGGCCGCUUUUAUUGAUGAGAAGAUCCUUUGCAUGCACGGGGGUCUAUCUCCAGAUUUGAAGAACUUGGAUCAGAUAAGGAAUAUUGCUCGUCCUGUUGAUGUUCCUGACCAAGGUCUACUCUGCGAUCUGCUGUGGUCUGACCCUGAUAAAGAUAUCGAAGGGUGGGGAGAAAAUGAUAGAGGUGUUUCCUAUACCUUUGGGCCUGAUAAAGUUGCUGAGUUCCUUCAGAAGCAUGACAUUGACCUCAUCUGCAGAGCUCAUCAGGUUGUCGAAGAUGGUUAUGAAUUUUUUGCUAAACGGCAACUGGUGACAAUAUUUUCUGCCCCUAACUACUGCGGCGAGUUUGAUAAUGCUGGUGCUAUGAUGAGUGUGGAUGAUACUCUAACAUGUUCAUUUCAAAUCCUUAAACCAGCGGAUAAGAAAGGGAAGAUGGGCUUUGGGAAUAGUAUGUUGAAACCAGGAACACCUCCCAGAAAGGGUGGGAAGGGCUAACAAGAAGGAUGAACUACAUCGAUAUUUUCAUUCUCUCUUGGAGCUCACCUUCAGAAGGUGGUGGAGGUGAGGUUCCAACUCUUCUAACUACAUUAGCUGGAGUCCAGGCCAUGGGAUUAAGGAGGAAGUUGCAGGGUCUUGUGUAUCUUUUCUAUAUUUUGUCAACAAACUUAAACUACGGCCUGAGUAUUUGUAAAGUUAUUUCCAAAUGGUAACUUUUUCAUGGUCAUAUUUUGGUUGUAUUGGUGCUUAUAAAAUUCGUUCGAUCUUGGUA